UAUUUAUAUAACUCGUUGAACAAAACCACGCUGACGACUUUGUCUCUCUCUCUCUUUUUUAAUGAGGUUUCCCCUAAUCAUUCGUCAGAAGUUGGAUCAAAACAUUUUUUUUUCCCGUAAUUGGGAUUUCAGUCACUCGUCUAUUUUUUCAAGUUGUGGAAACUCAACUAGUUGCGGUCAGUUCGUGAACUUGGAUCGCGUCUUGCCGCUUUACACUCGGUUCGGGGUUUCGGCAGAGAACCAGGAUGUCGGCGGUGAAAGCGCUACAACAGUGGUGUAAGCUCCAGGUUCAGGGUUACAGAGAUGUCACUAUCACCAACAUGACCACUUCUUUCAGGGACGGGAUGGCUUUCUGCGCCCUCAUUCACCGAAACAGACCCGACCUCAUUGACUUUGAUUCCCUGAUGAAGGAGAAUGUCUAUGACAACAACCACCUGGCGUUCCGGGUAGCGGAGGAUGAGUUGGGGAUCCCAGCUCUGUUAGAUGCUGAGGACAUGGUGGCCCUGAAGAUACCAGACAGACUCAGUAUUCUGACAUAUGUCUCACAAUACUACAACUACUUCCAUGGCAAAUCACCUAUUGGCGGCAUGGCGGGGAUAAAGCGUCCGGCGGAGGCAUACACAGAAGAGGGGCCUUCUGGGAAAAAGAACCAAGCAGUUGUCUCCAAGGUCUUCCCCGCCUCUACCCCCUCUAAAUCCGCUACUGAGAACCGCCCUCCCCCCUCCUCCUCACCUAAAGCCUCAACCAGACCAGACAGGGCAGCACAGGAUGUGUUGUCGGAGCGAUCCAAUAAGAGGACUCUGAGCAGUAAGUGUUCCGUGUGUAAUAAACACGUUCAUCUGGUCCAGAGACACCUAGUGGAUGGGAGGCUGUAUCACAGGAGCUGUGCCAGGUGUUCCACCACUCUACUGUCUGGUACCUGUAAACCUGGACCAACACCAGGCUCCUUCAUCUGUACCUCCCAUCACCAUCCCCAGGGGGCGCUGCCAACACACACCCCUCUCCGAGACCUGCCCAAAAACAACCCUACUACCCCUGCUGAAUCCAAAUACACCUCUCACCCUCCUCCCACUGUCCAGACCACCCCUCCUCUCUCAUACCUGCCCAAAAACAACCCUACUACCCCUUCUUCCUCCAAAUACACCCCUCACCCUCCUCCCACUGUCCAGACCACCCCUCUCUCAGACCUCUCCAGGAAUAACCCCGGAGCCAAAUACACUGACCCCCCGAAAUCCACCCCAGCUCCGACACCCACCAGUACCCCCUCCAAAUUCGUCCCUAGCUGGCUGAGCUCCAAAUCAGACGGAUCCAAAAGCACCACCCCCUCUGCCUCCUCCUCGCGGCCCAGCCCGGGGCUCUCCUCCCUGGGCAUAGUGAGCCCUGCAGCCCCUGGACCCACCGCUGUCCCACGGAACCUCAACACGACUUCAACUACCCAGCAUGCCCGGCUCCAGUUCUUCCAAUCUGGGAACACCACCACUGGGCAGGAGAACCAGGGCAAGACCCAGACUCCGGGACAGGCACCGAGUCUACCCACAAAUAGAGUCCCGAACGCUGGCACACAGGGGACAGUAGUGGGGGGCCAGGGUGUGAGUGUGGUAGUGAGUUUGGGUGGCAGUGGGGUAGGGGGUAAGGGAGAGUGUUCAGGAGGGGAUAAGGGUGUGAAUAUGGUGCUAGGUGGGGACAGGGAUGUGGUUCAGGGUAGAGGUAGAGUUGUCUUCAAGGUGGAUGGUGAUGUGAAAGCCUCUCCAUCUAAAGAAGACUGCAGUACCAAGACCCAGGCUGCUGCUGUCAUCACUAAGAAACUAACAGACAACACCACAACAACAACAGCUGGUGCUGUCAUCACUAAGAAACUAACAGAGAACAACACCACAACAACAACAGCUGGUGCUGUCAUCACUAAGAAACUAACAGACAACAACACCACAACAACAACAGCUGGUGCUGUCAUCACUAAGAAACUAACAGACAACAACACCACAAAAACAACAGCUGGUGCUGUCAUCACUAAGAAACUAACAGACAACAACACCACAACAACAACAGCUGGUGCUGUCAUCACUAAGAAACUAACAGACAACAACACCACAACAGCUGGUGCUUCAAGUCCUCCGUGGCAUCCUGUAGGACUGAAGAAGACCGAGAACAGAUCUCCCUCUCUCAGAUCUGCCCCUGCUGAAACGCCUAAGAAAGAGACGGAGACUCCUAAAAAGGAGACUGGGGGCAGAGUUAAGCUAAAAGCAGACCCGUCUCUCCUCGCCCCCCUCACCCCAAACACGUCCACCCCGACCCCGGCCAGCAGAACAGGCCUGUGGAACAAAACCCCGGAUAAGGCAUCCGGAGCUGCUUCUCCCAGCAACACUAUGGCAACAGCAGACAACAGCAGCUCUCCUGCUGACUGGCGGUCCAGGCUCAAACCUGCCUCCAAGCCUGUAGGACCUAAAGACUCCACUCCCCUCCACCCUGACAUUCAGAAGGUUGAAACCCUGUCUCGGCCCUGGGCCGGUGGAUCAGGAAACGCCCAGGCUUCAGUCCCUGCUGGGUCUACUCAGGCCCCCUCCAGCCCCCCAGAAGCCUCCUCACCCAGCCCGCUGAACACCGGCCCUGGGACAUGGGGCGUCCUGACAGGGAAGAGCUCAACGACAGCUAACGGCUCCAACACAGACACCAAGGCACCUAAACCAAGUAAACCGGACUACAUCCCGAAGGAAGAGAUCCUCAGAGAGCUUCAGGAGAUAGAGGACAGUGUUAAUGAGUUGGAGAGGAAAGGAGUGGACCUGGAGAAACAACUACGCUCCUGUGAAGAGGAGGGAGAAGAGGACGUGGUGAUGGAUGACCUGAUGGUGGAAUGGUUCAACCUCAUCAGAAACAAGCAGGUGUCCAUGAGGAGAGAGUCUGAACUGGUCUACAUAGCGAAGACACAGGACUUGGAGGAACAGCAGCCCAGUGUAGAGCAGGAGCUGAGGAGACUCAUGGACAAACCUGAGCGGCUGAAGACGUUGUGGGACCGUCGUAGAGAAGAGGAGUUGAUGGUCAAACUGGUGGAGAUCGUCAAUGACAGAAACGCCAUCAUAGACGGACUGGACGAUGACAGACUCAGGGAGGAUGAGGAAGAUGAGCAGCUCAAUAAGAUGAUGAAGACCCUAGGUCAGUCCCUACACAUCUAGGAUCAGUUUAUCUUCUAUAACCCAAG